AUAGGCCCACAUGGGAGGCCCAUGCCAUGGGCCAUGUACCGUAUUGAGCGCUGCACUGAAAAGUCAACUGCAGGGUGGACGUUUCAGGGCCGCUAUGGCGCUUCUUUCAAAUUUGGGGAAUUUCCUAACACAAGACUCAAGAGGCCGGCUCACAGGUUCUCAGCUGGAGGCACGGACGAGUCGCUUCAGCAUAAUGCUGGAUCCAUUCAAGCCGGUGGUGUAGGCGCCUCUCCUCUGAUGACUAGCCAGCGCGCCUCAGAGAAAUUUCCAUCGUGGAAAGGCUCCCAAUAUAAGUCUUCAGUCACAGCAACGAUGCACAGGCUCUAGACUGCAGCGGAAUUGAGAUGCAGGCGACCCCAAUGGAAGCCGCGGCGGGCGACAACAUUGCAGCAUUGAACAUGGGCAGCAUUGGCGGGGCGCAAGCAGCUGCAAUGCAGCCAAUCAAGGCGUUCGUUGUGGGAGUGGACACUCGAGGGCGCACAAUGCAGGAGUCUGAGGUCAACAGCCGGCUGCAAGACCCAUUGGCAGCGCUGAUGCUGAAACUGGUGCCAGCAAGCGAGCGGCCGCAGAACCUGGACACUACGGUGGAGUUCAUUGUCAAUGCAAGCCCUGCCGACAAAUUCGAUUUCAUGACCUUUCUGGCUGGCGAGGGGGGCCAGAUGCGUUGGACUGAGGAGACCAAAGACCUAGACCGUGCGCUCCGCUUUCUGUGGGUGCGCUUCCCGCGUACCGCAACUGGGAGCCGGGACCAGGCCGACAUACUGGUCGUGGGCAGUGCGCUAGGCUUUGCGGACGAUGCAAUCUUUCUGCAGUGCGCGUCGUGGGAUGUUGCAAACAGGACAUAUAACUUCUAUAAAAGGCUCAACGGGGAGUGGUUCUGGGCGGGGCAGUCGCACAUGGCCUUCGACCCCGCCACCCGGUUGCAGGGCCCGUUCGAUGGGCACGUCAACGGCAACCUGGUGAUGAAGGAGCUGACCCCCCCCUGGAACAACUGGCACAGCUCCGUCGCGGGCAUAAGUGAGACCGCGCUGCCGCCCAGCCACCCCCUGCGGACUCACCCCCUCUUUACGGGCAAGGAGGUCGCCAACAAGCUCCAGACGCUGGUGGUCCAGCCGGCCAUAGACCGCUUCACGAGCGCCCGCAUCGACUCUUUGGUCCAAGGGGCGAAACUCACCGGAGUGAAGCUGCUCAUCAAUCAGAUCCUUGCCACCGCCACAGUCAACUUCGUAAGCAGCGCCGAGCGCAGCAAGCAGCGGUUCACGAAGAACGAAUACGACCUGCCUCCCGGCUUCUUUCUAGACAUCGAGUCCCUAUCGGCGGCGGGAAUAGUGGCGGGGGACACUUCGAAGCUGCGGGUGUCGUACCAAAAGUAUCAGGACAGCCUUACGGAGUACGACUUCCGGCUGCAGGCGGGCGCGUUCGCGCAGAAGGGCGACACGUUCUUCGCGUUCUUCGUGCCGGCACCCGCCAAGGAGGACGUCGUGCUCCUCCAGCAGCUGAUUGACCGGGGCAUAGUGACCAAGCGCCUGGCGGCGUGCCUCAUGAUGGUGGACUUGGCCAACCCGGUGUACUCGGACCACCGGCGGAGGCUCGCCCAAUACGCGCCCGACGAGAUCCAGUACUCUGCCGCAACGCGCAGCAGCGACCUGGAGGCGCUCCUCGCCCCCGCCAUUGUCGCCGCCGCUAAGGGCGCCCCGGAAGACAGCGCGGAGGCCGAGUUUGCGGCCAACUGGGCGAUUCCUGAGGCGGACUAUGCAGCUGCCUUCCAACAGCGGGUCGACGCGUACCUGGCGGCGGUCAGCGCGCGGUUGACCGAGGAGCCUAACGAGCCGUUCUUCCAGUACACUGAGCUGGCCGACUCCCGCCGCCGCGAGUUUGCGCGCACAAAGCUAGCCGAAUUUGCGUUGACCCUUCCGGUAACGAAGAUCGCCGCCACCGCCUCGUUCCUCGAGAUGCGGCCUGACGGGACAGUCCAGCGGAAACCUGCCGGGGCACUCACGGGCGCCUUCGUGUUCAUACCGGAAACGUCGAGUCCGGCGGAGAAAGCUGCGGCCAAUCUCGACAGGAGUGGUGAGCAGGUCGCGAGCCCCAGUUUUGAUCAGCUUGCACCAGAAAAGGUGCACUGGGCCUGUAAAUGACCACUAGUAUAGUAAUCUUGUACAAGUACCUAGUCUGUUUAUAAUCUGUCUGCUUGUAUAGUAUAGCUGAGCGCUGAUUGAGUUUGAUGAGCAUCGCCACCAGUGCAUGAGUGAGACCACAACGACAUCACUGUCAAGCCGCCCAGUCGGAAAGCUUUGACCAAGUUGAGCUAGUCGGACACCUGGAGAUCGCAUAAAGGCGGCCGCCUGUUGCCCCGUGGGGACUAGCACAUGUCGAUUGAUCUGCGGCAAUCUGCAAAGGUUCAUGC